CGUUUCGCGUUUAAUUAGUAUUGUGUAGUCACAAUAAUAAAAAUACUCCACGCCGCCUACGCGCCACUCCCGUAAUCUCGUCGCGUCGGCGUCGCCCCUUCCCCGCGGCCCCGCGUCUGGUGCUCGUCAGUGGUUGCCACGCACUGCUGCGUGUUGCACGUUUUUUAGUCGCAAGACUCGCAAGUUAACGUUCGCGUCACUUAGACGUUUUUAUUACUAAUUUAAUGUUCAAAUAAUAAAAAGACCGUUUGAUACCUUACAUUACCUAAAUAAUACAAAAAUAAUGGGGAAAUCGGAGACGAGGGUUAAAAGGGCAAGUAAAUACUGCAUCGCGGCGGGGUGCUUCAACAACGAUAAGAAUUCCGAUUGUACGUUCUUCGCGGUGCCGUCGGGACAGUCGGAGGAAGAGGUCGAAAGGUGCAAAAAAUGGUUGACACUACUCGGCAGAGAGGACCUGUUAGGAAAAGACAAUUUGAAAAUACGUUCCUACUGCGUUUGCUGUGCACAUUUCGGCGACUCGCAAAUAAAAAUGCUCAAAACUCUCAAAAGGGGCGCCAUACCGACAUUGUUACUAGCUGAUGAAAUACAAGAAGGUUCAUCAUCCACAGAGGCCAAUACGGGGUCAUCUUCAACACAAACCACUUCACAGGUCAAAGAUUCAGAACCAUUGGUAUCGUCAGAAAACACAGAAGUUGCCGUUACAAAUGUAAUAAUUGUCAAAACUGAAAUUCUAUCAGCUGAAGAAGCAUUGGCAAAUUCUUCAGAAAACACGGAAAGUGAUGUUUCAAAUGUGAUAAUUGUAAAGAGUGAAUUUGUAUCGGCUGAAGAAGGAUUGCCAAAUUCGUCAGAAAACACAGAAAGUGAUGUUUCAAAUGUAGCAAUUGUAAAGAGUGAAUUUGUAUCGGCUGAAGAGGCAAUGGAAAAGUCUACACAGACUCCAAAAGGUUUAAAAAAAAGAAAACUGACAGAUGAACCUAGGAAGAAAUGCAAGAAACAAAAAGGAAAGAACAGUAAAUAA